GAUGCCGGCCCAGCUGCAGCACCCUGGCUACCCGGCGGGCCGCCUGCAGGCGGCGGAGGAGGCCGUGCCCUGUCGAGAGGCGCAGGCGGCCGCGCUGCUGGCGCUGUUCGGGGAGCCCGAGCACUACAGCUACCCCUCCCUCUUCCUCUACGGGCACCGGGCGACCGGGAAGAGCCACGUCACGCUCACCCUGCUCCGAGAGCUGCAGCUCCCUCAUGCAGCGGUGAGCUGUGUGGAGUGUUUCUCGGCAGGGCUGCUGUUCGAGCAGGUGCUGGGGUCUCUCUUUGGCCACGAAGCCGUCUCCCAGUCCCUCGCACGCUACUCCUCCUUCUCCGACUUUGUCCGCGUCUUCCAGCAGCUGUCCGCUCGGAGCUCCCUGCCUCGGCACACCCGCUACAUUGUUCUGGACCGGGCCGAGCUGCUCAGGGACAUGGAUGCCAAUCUGUUGCCAGGAUUCCUGCGUCUGCAGGAGCUGGUCGAGGACAACGUGACGGUGAUCCUGCUGAGCGAGAUCGUCUGGGAGAAGUUCAGGCCCGGCACCGGCUGCUUCGAGCCUCUCGUGCUGCACUUCCCGGACUACAGCAAAGCCGAGCUCCAGCUGAUCCUGUCCCAGGACCCUUCCCCGGCCUACUCCCCAGAGCUGUACGGCACCUACAUCAACAUCCUGCUGGGUGUCUUCUUCACCGUGUGCAGGGACCUGCGCGAGCUCCGGCACCUGGCUGCCCUUAAUUUUCCGAAGUUCUGUGAGCCUCUGGAGAAGGGGGAAGGCCUCUCUGCCCAUGCCCACGUGGAGCUGCCCUGCCACUCCAAGUUCCUGCUGAUCGCGGCGUACCUGGCCUCCUACAACCCCGCCCGCACCGACCGCCGCUUCUUCCUCAAGCACCAUGGGAGAAUAAAGAAGACCAACUUCCUGAAGAAGCACGAGAAGGGGGUGGGACGUCUUCGCCCUCCUCCCCCUGACCCGCUGUCCGACCCCCCUCUCCCGCGCGCUGAUCUUGGUGAUGAAGGAGGUUGUGAGCGCUGUGGAGGCGCCGAUACGAGGGGUCUCAGCCAGACGUCCCGCGGGCAGAUUAAAGCCCUGGCACAGCGGUGCCCUCCUGCUCGUCUGCGCCGGCACGGCGCCCUGGUGCGCUGCUGGCGCGAGAGGCCGGGGCGGCUGUCCCGCCGCGCUCCUGGCCCUGGUGCAGACGACAGCUGCGAUAGAAGGACCGAAGGGUCUGGAUCGGUCAGCACGGCCGCCGUCGGUAACGGGUCGGCUUCGCGCAGACACCUUCACGGGCGCGUGCUCGCUCAAGGCACCUGGCAGGAGGACCGACAGAUCGGCAGCGUUUUAAACGCCAGCGUGGGUUCUGGAGACGACCUGCUCCAGGUGGGUCUGGCGCGCUUCGCGCCCGAACAGGGGGGCUUCACCUGCCUGACGGGGGCGCGAGCAGCCCCUGGCUCCCCCGCGGCGCUCCCCCUCGUCGGCAGCCCGCAAGCCCAAAUUAGGAGCCCGACUGUCGGGUUCGACAUCGUGAAGUACCUGUAUGACUUCCUGUGA